CGCGGGGCAUUGUGGGGCGGAGGCGGCCUUUCUCUGCGUCCAGGCGAUCGGGAGAUCUUCAAGUAAAUAACGUGAACAGGGGGAGGAACAGUACGAGAGCAGCCUGCGGAAAACAUCCAACACAUUCCCGAAACUGUGUUGCGCUUAGCCUUAAUUAUAUAUAUUUAAAAAGAAAUCGUAAUAUUAGAUAAAUAUGGGGCAGGAGGAUCUCAUGAAUACAGCCGAAGACGUGGCAGACCAGUUUCUUCGGGUAACCAAACAGUACCUGCCCCACCUGGCGCGUCUGUGUCUCAUCAGCACCUUCCUGGAAGACGGCAUCCGCAUGUGGUUCCAGUGGAAUGAGCAGAGAGACUACAUCGAGGCUACCUGGAGCUGCGGCUACUUCCUGGCUACAUGCUUUGUGCUGCUUAAUCUCAUAGGACAGCUGGGCGGUUGUGUCCUAAUCCUCAGUAGAAAUUUUGUACAGUAUGCCUGCUUUGGAUUAUUUGGCAUCAUAGCAUUACAGACUGUUGCUUACAGCAUUUUAUGGGACCUCAAAUUUUUGAUGAGAAACCUCGCCCUCGGAGGUGGUCUGCUCCUGCUGCUGGCUGAGUCUCGUUCGGAAGGAAAGAGCAUGUUUGCCGGAGUCCCAUCCAUGGGAGAGAGUUCGCCAAAGCAGUACAUGCAGCUGGGUGGUCGAGUACUGCUAGUGCUCAUGUUCAUGACUCUGCUGCACUUUGACUCCAACUUCUUUUCUAUCCUGCAGAACAUGGUUGGGACCGCUCUCAUCAUCCUGGUGGCCAUCGGCUUCAAAACCAAGCUAGCGGCGCUGACCCUCGUUGUGUGGCUCCUGGCUAUCAAUGUCUACUUCAACGCUUUCUGGACCAUCCCUGCCUACAAGCCCAUGCACGACUUCCUCAAGUACGACUUCUUCCAGACCACCUCGGUCAUUGGUGGUCUGCUGCUGGUGGUGGCACUUGGACCUGGCGGAGUGUCCAUGGAUGAGAAAAAGAAAGAGUGGUAGGCAAAAGGGGGUUAAGAUAAGAGGAUUGCACAGCACCACUAACUUCCCCCACCGACCGGGACAAAAAGACCCUCCCUCUCCUCCAGUUCCCCCCACCAGGGUACGUUUGUUUUUUUCCAAGCUUUUUUUUUUUUAUUUGGCCAAAUCCACAGACACCACCUCACCCGUCUAUGGACAUUUUUUUUCCCUCCAAACUGCUGUUUUUGUUUUUUUUAAGUUAAAAAUAUAUAAUGCCAGAUUUUUCUAAACCUUUCUUGUAUGUCCUCUUUUUCCAUGACAACAAGAAUAAACGGCAGUGUAUUUCAAAGUGCAAAGUAAACAACAAAUGGAUAGAUGGAAGAAAUAUUUGUUCUGUGUGCAAAUGGAAUGAAAAGAAUUUAUUAUAUUUUAUGGGUGUUAUGCCAUAAGUUAUAAUAGAUACACGUUCAUAUUUCCUGACUAAAACCAGCUAAUUGGAUUGAGCGCAGCAGUUUGGGUUCCCCCUGUGGAUGCUGAUCUUUUUCUGCCGUUGGAUCUUGGGAGUGUCCUGAGAAAAUACUCACCACAUUGAUCCUGAGAACUUGGGCACUGAUUUGACAGCAACUCAUCUUGACUCUCCAGAUUUCAUCUCCCCUCUUCUUUUUUCCCCUCUGACACUUUAGCUUUUCAAUACAUCUAAACACCUUCAAUCUCAACUGACUGUUGUUCACGGGGAGUCGAAUCCAGGGGGGACAUUGUAUACAAAGUGGUGGAUUGCAGUCGUGCUUGAUUGAAAAUUUCAACACAAUUGUUAGCUCCAGGACUUGUUAAUGGGCACUUUGUACUGUACGUCUUUGGCAAAUGCCUAACUAGUGAACUGUAUAUGAUCGGGGAUAAUGGGGGGGGGAGGCUCAGCGUUUGUGAAACACAAUAUUCUGCGAUCUAGAAAAGCCAAGAGGACUAAGCAGAGUCACUAGCCAACUGGACUUUGUCUUUGCUCAGUGUUUUUUGCCCUGUGUAAGAAACUUAAAAAAAUAUUCAGUGUAUUGAUUUUCAGAAGUUUAUAUUGUAUUUUUGAUCAUUUGUUUUUUUGAUUUUGGAAGUUCAUGGCGAAGAAAUAAAAACUCAAAAAUAUAAA